AUGGCUUCCGGAAAAACUAUUUACCUUGCAUUAUUGGCGGUUGCAGCGACGGAAGUGACAUCAUGGACCAUAGACUUGCCUUACGCGCGAAAAUUGUUUUUCAGUCAGAACAGGGACGAAAAUGCUAUUCAGAUAUCUAACGACACGAAGUAUUAUAAUAACGUUGAACCGAAUAGUUUCCAUAAUGCUGAUGAUUAUUAUUACAAUAAAUAUGUGAAUGAAAAUAAAGAUGACGAUUUUGACAACCGGGGCUAUGCGGAGGCUUACAAACAUGAAGGUUACAUGGAAAAGAAAGUUCACGAUAUAGUGCGCAAAGGCAGCAUUUAUCUGGACGGCUUGAAGCGCUCACUUGAACGUUAUGCUGAAGUCUUGAAGAAUUGCAGCCGAAUGGGCUUUAACGAGACGAGAAACUCAACCAACCUGUCUUCCAGAGGCCGCGCUCCCCCCUCCCCAUUCCCCUCCUCCAACUUCACCCAAACCAGCGACUUCCAAACGUCCAAUUACUCCCCAUCAGACGUGCCCCAAUUCAAUUUCACUUCGACUAACUUCUCCGAGUUGAACCCUGGGUUCUCUAACCGGGACUCCAUGGAAAUGUGCGCAAGGGCCACUAAGAGACGAGAGCAUGUGAGAAGGCUGACGGAUUUGGCGUUAUGGGCGACGAAGAGACUGGAGGAUAACGUAUACGAUGCUAAAUAUAAUAAGUAUUACGAGCAAGAAGAAAACGAGUUGCUGUUGAAGCUAGCGUGGUUUCUGGACAGACUGGCUCAUUACACGGGCUAUGAGCCAAAUGUACAAGAGUUCGUCGACCAGACUACUACUGCCAAACCCCCCACAAACCUGCUCCCAUCAAUUCAACUACCAUUCGACAACGUACCUCGUGACGUGGUGCAAAGGAUGAUGGAUUGCAUGAAGUCAAACUCUUCGGAGCCAGCCACGGAGAGGUGCCGGUACCCGCUGCCGCUGCCCGAGUUGGUCCAACGAGCGUAUGAGAGCAGAGAUCCCAGUUUUGCUAACAGCAGACCUCAAGAUCCUACCUUGAGGGUGAUAUCACCGCCCAAUUCUGAUUCUCUCCCAGAAUCUUCAUCGUUGGAACUUCUUUUGACAGCCGAUACGGCUGCCGCCAAAAAUUUCGCGCCAAAAUCUGAAAUGCCAGGUGUCAAUAUAAAAACCGUCAGGAAACGGUCUAUAGACGAGGAGAGUCCGCUUUUGAAACUAAUGAAAUAUUACGGAAAACACAAAGUCUGGGUUAAUUCAAAUCCUUUGGAUGCGACUGAGAUUAAUAGCAACCGGAAUUUCGAAGUUCCUAAUCAAUUACCAGUAAAAUCCGUCCAGAAACGAUCUUUGUUCAAAAAACAUAUUCAUUUAAGAAUACCCGAAAAACCGUUUCACGCUUUACGAGAUCACAUGAAGAAAGAAGCCGGAAUCCAUUACGAGAAAAACAAAGAGCAAAUAAAACUAAUUAAAGGGACUUUAGAGAAAAUGCGGCACACAGCUUCUUUGACUGUCAAACAUAACCUCAAAAAAUUUGAUCACGUCGUGAAGAAAAUACAUAAAAGGUCUGUUGGAUAUGGUAGAAAGUUUCUUCCGAGGAUUUCAGAAAAUCCGUAUCAGGAUUUGAGUUAUUACUCGAAGAAUGCGAAAGGUGUGGAAUAUAAUUAUGACCCAGCACAAGCGGCCUUGGUGAGACUUGGCUUAGAGCAGAUAUUUCAGACUGGUAACAUUGAGGUGGUUAGACGUUACGGGUCCAAUUUCAACCCAUUAGAUCCAAAUCCCUUCUUCUCCGGACUUAUUAGAGCCAGCUUGGAUGUUUAGUGAAGUUUCAGUGAUUCGUA